GGAAAAUGGCAGACCCUUCAAACUUCGGACCUGUCCUUUUCCGUCAUCCCCAUCCUUUUGAUCACCCUCCUCUUCCAUUGAACCAAAGUCAUGAAAUUCCUGACACCUUUCCGGAAGUGCAAUGGAGUCUGGAACCCGCUGACGCUCCAAAUAAUCCCACUCUCUCGCAUCCAAGUUGUCCUUUUAACGAUGUUCAUCCAUUUCCUGGUCAACCAAACGCCGCCUCUAAUACCUUUGUGGACCCUCUGCUUCAAGAAUUAUUACUUCAGGAGUGCUUCCCCGAUACCGGAGUUUCGAGAAGUUUCCCAGAGGUUAAUGGUCAUGGUGCUCCGGAGUACGCAGAGAACCCAACGACAUCGACCACUGCUAUAUGGCCGACAAUGGCUUUAUCGUCUCCGGUGUCUAUUUGCAAUGCAUGCAUGGUCCUUCGUGAAAUAAGUCAUACAAAUGGCUUGCAAAUAUGGAAACUUCAAUUGCAUGGAAGUAUUGGGAUAAUCACUCAUGCAGUCAUAGAGAAACUCUCUUCAAACUUUUCUCUGCAUCCACAGUACCAAACUUUCGACUUUUACAAGGAAAGUACAGAUACAGUGAAGCAAUUUUUGGUGAGGUAUUUCGAGGAUCGUAAGCAAGAGGGAUAUAUUGUGCUUCAAGACCCGUUAUGGGAGUUCUAUGAUGCUAUGAGUGUUGGUUUGGGAGGAGGGACUGAUUUUUUGGACAUUGACUCCUUUUUCGAACUACCUCCUUCAACUUCAGGUGGUGACCAACCGAUGAAUCAACCAGACAUAUCAAACCAAAACAAUGCACCUGAGGAUGAGAAUAAAUCCCAAAAGAUCCCUCUUUCUGCUCAGAGAGAAAGAACUGGAAAGUUGAAGUUAAAAGACUUUGCAGGGUACCUUCAUCUCCCCAUAGAAGAAGCAGCAAGGAGAAUGAACAUUUGCCCUACAGUGAUGAAGAAGAUAUGUAGGAGAGAUGGGUUGGUGCGUUGGCCUUACAGAAAGGUGAGAAGCAUCCAAAGGAAAAUAGUGAACAAAUCGAAGAGCUUAUCUGCGAACGACGCCGAAGAGAGGAACCGUGCUCAUGUUGAAAUCCUAGAGCUUCAGCAACAGCUCGCCAACAUUUCUGAAGCAUUCUUUGGUUGAUUUGUAUAUAUAUGUGCAUUUAUUUUUGUGGCAAAAAUCGAUUCUUUGAAAGGUUGUUUAAAUAAAAAUAAAAAUGUUAUUAGAAGUUAUAGUCAUACUUAGGUGAAAUGUAAACUAUAAUCAUUUCAUAGUUUGUAAAUAUACAUGUAAUUAUAUUGUAUGAUUCAUUCGUGAUUGUACUUACUAUCACAAACAAAUGUACAAUAUUGCAAUUUGUGUGAUGGUACUAAAAAUAAAU